AAUCGUUAGAGGUUGUUUUCAAGUGCAAAGCUACCAAAACGGGUUAUACAUUUAAAAUUCAAAGAAAAUUAGCAGCUAUGUUCAGAAGCGCAAUAGCUUAGAGACAGUACAUGAUUGGUUGAAAUGUUAUUUUAAAUGUGUUGUAGGAUAUAGCCUUGCAAAACGUGCGUUAUGCAAGCUGCACUUAUUCACGAAAAAGCGUCUGCACGUGCACUUUCAUUGAAGCUGAGACACGAUUUACACAAUUCUACCCUUACUCGGGAGCUAUACAACUUCUGUAAACUAGUAGUUGAGUCAAUGGAUAUGAGAAAAAACUAUUAUCAACGAGAGUGUAAAUUAAUGCUUUCACAUGUAAAAGUCUGACCAUGCUUGAGCUUACCAUAAGAGUUGUUAAGUCGAGUUUAUCAGUAUAUUGUGUAAGGAAAUCAGUGAUUGCUCAUGACGUGGUUACAUAUAGAUCACUGUUAUGUUUUCUCAUAAUAAUAAUUUACUGUAAUGUUUUCAUUGAAAUAGAACUCAUUAUCAUGUUAUUUACAAUUAUGUUGUCAUUCAGUACCAAAUAUUUUUGCCGAGCUAAUCUGCAGUAAAUUUAUUUAAAAAGAAUGUACCACAACUAUUGUACAAUUUACAAGUGUAUAAUUGUAGCCUAGGAUCAUAGAUUGCCAAAAAAACGUAGCUUCUUUAUAACUGGAAGUGAUUCGCAUAUCGUUAUUGGUUAAUUAACCCAUCAUGACAAGCGGCAACUGAAACAGGCAUAACUUGUACUGGUCCCUCCUCCUUAGACUAAUGGAUAAAGUCCCGGCUCUCUAACCUAACAGAAAUCACAGGUUCAAAUCCCAGGGAAGGCCAAUCAAGCAUAGACAGAAAUAAACAGUGUACUUCGAAGCCAGAAUAGCUAAGCCGAUGCUAAAAAAUCUUAUACUGAUAAACAAAACGAUCAUUCGUUAGACGAUUCGAGGAAGAAAUCGACCUCGACAGAGGCCUUGCUUCGACUAAGACAAUCGAUCAGAAAGUUAUAACAGUCAUGACAUGGUUAGGGUUAGAUUUAGUUGUCAAUGCGAGUGUUUUGCUCAAGAGGUUACAUUUUUACAGCACAACGAGUACAGCAAAUAAAAUAAGUAUGAGAUUGCUUUCUAAUUCCGCGAUUUCUUCUAGAUUAAAAGGGAAAGUUGCUGUUGUUACCGCAUCAACUGAUGGAAUAGGUUUUGCGAUCGCUAAGCGACUUGGUGCAGAAGGAGCUAAUGUGGUUGUCAGUAGCCGAAAGGAGAAAAAUGUAUCAGAAGCAGUCAAGAAACUGAAGGAUGCAGGCUAUAAUGUUGCUGGAACGGUGUGCCAUGUUGCUAAGGCAGAUGACAGGAGGAGGUUACUUGAUACUGCUGUUGAACACUAUGGAGGCAUUGAUAUCUUGGUGUCCAAUGCAGCAGUCAAUCCCACCGUUGGACCAGUUUUAGAUUGUGCUGAAGAAGCAUGGGACAAAAUAUUUGAAGUUAAUGUAAAAUCAGCGUUUAUGUUGUCAAAAGAAGUGUUACCUUAUUUGAAGAAGCGGAAUGGAGGCUCAAUUGUUUAUAUUUCCUCCAUUGCUGGCUUUCAUCCAUUAAAUAUGCUCGGAGCUUACUCAGUUAGCAAGACAGCAUUGCUGGGUCUGACAAAGGCUGCUGCUGCAGACUUAGCAGGAGAUAACAUCAGGGUCAAUUGUCUAGCUCCAGGAAUAGUAGAAACCCGUUUCUCCAGUGCUCUGCACGAGACUGAAACAGCCAAAGAGAUAGCAUUGUCAAUGAUUCCUAUGAAGAGGUUAGCACAACCGGAUGAGAUGGCUGCAGUUGUAGCAUUUCUAUGUUCAAAUGAUGCAUCGUACAUAACGGGAGAAACCUUCAUUGCUGCAGGAGGCAUGUCUUCUCGUCUAUAGACCUGGCAGUAGUUAUAUACAAGUCUUCAUUCAAUUAAAUAUUACUAAUUUUUGUGGAAAAAUAUCGAGAUAUUAUGUCUUCAAAUAAUAUUAAGUACAUUUUUAGGUAAAAUAAUUUAUAAGAUUAAUAUGUAUAAUUUAGAACUUUUGAAAUCUAAAAUCUUCAGUAAUUCGUAUGCUAUAUAAAUUAAUUUCAUUUUAUAUGCAUCCUGAUAUUAGUACAGCACAAGGGAAUGAAGUUUUAAUUACAAGAUUGAUAUAAUUACUAAGGUGUAUUAAUUAGGUGAAUGUAUUUUGUACCUCAGUUUUAUUCAUUGUAUAAUAUAGUGUUACAUUUCAUUAAAGCAAUAGAAUACGGUUUUGUUUAACUUUUAUUUAACUGGUGAGGAGAACAUCAUCUUAAAAAUGCAUCACAGAGUUUACUGUGUCUGUUAACAAACACAUACAAUCAUUUACGAUAAGCAUGUAUACUUUAUCAUCAUCUCAACUGAUGGUCCUUUAACACAUUUGCUGUGGGUGACAAUUGUUGUCAUGCAAUACUGGCAUGCCAUACAGAUGAAAAUGAUAGCAGACAUCUGCUCGCUUGGCCACCAUUGCUUCAGUGUGAGCCUAGCAGUUGCCGUGUUGUGCUGUUUGCCGCGUGAUGUGCCUGCUUCAUACAUUGUUUAUUCGCAAUCCGUUCGUAGUUCGCAAUUUUCGUUCGCUGGCUGUGCUGCAUUGUUUAUUGUGUGUAGUGUAUGGUGUAAGGUGAUUGUGUAUAUGUGUUUAUUAUUGUAUUUAGGCAAUAUGGAGUACGACAAUGAACUAGUGGAAGACUGUAUGAGUGAACAGGAUGAUUCUGAUUCAAGUUCAGAGAGUUCUGCUGAUGUGAGUUCAGUCCAUGUUUAUGGACAGUUUUCAGUUUUUUUUCACUAUUUGUGCAAUUUACAAUGUCUUCCGUGAGUGACAGUGCCAUUCGGGAGUAAUAGACCCGCUUACUAUCCUGUGGUACUAAGUGGGGACCGGCACCAGGGGCAGCUGACAAUUGUCACAGUUAUGAUGUCACCAAAUCUGACAGUGGGGUUACUUGGACAACCUUUUUGGCUACUAAGUUAAAAAAACAAAAUAUUUUCCCGCACUUACCGUAACCAGACAAAUUUUGUUCAACAGCGAAUGUGUUAAGAUGGUCCUACCAGUGAGAUAUGUGAAAAGUAGAAUUAAAGUAGUAAAUUUUGUUUAACUCUGCUGGAGAGUAGUUAUUAAAUUCUAACAUUUAAUAACUCUAACAUUUAAGUUUCAUCAGAAACUUAAGAAAAAAAGCCAAGGAUUAAAUGUAUGCUGAGCCAUUCAUGUAAGAUUUUGUUAAUGCUCUGUAGAACUUUACCAUACAUAAUUAUACUGGUUCUACUUUAAAAUGUGUAGUAUGUAACCUACUCAACUUUUUACUGCUUCGUUAAUUAUUAAAUAUUUCUUUGUAAAUGGUUAUGUUGUUAUAAUUUUUACUUUGUUAUAAAUAUAUAUAUUCUUAAUA